AUGAUGAAUGAACCUGACCAGGAACGCUUCAAUGCGCUUCUUGAGUGGGGCAAAGCGCACGGAGGCACUCUUCAUCCGGCCCUAGAGGUGUACAAAGACAAUGUGACGGGCUUCUCGAUGCGAGUCAAGGUGUCAUUUACCAACACGACCAACCAGUCUAUCAACCCUGGGGAAGAGAUCCUAACGUGCCCCUUGGAAACAAGUCUGUCGUUCCUGAACGCAACGACGGGUGGCCCCGUCCUAUCCCAGCCGUCCGAGCAUGCGGAGCCGUGCCCGGUGUUUCCACAUCGGUUCAUGGCACUCCAGCCGCACGUGAUUGGGCACUUCUUCCUCAUGAAGCAGUACCUGAUGGGCAAAGAUUCAUUCUGGCACCCGUACAUCGCCACUCUUCCCCAACCAGACUCCCCUUCGUCUUGGAGCCUACCCGCCUUCUGGCCCGAAGAUGACUUCGAAUUCUUGGAGGGAACGAAUGCUGGGGUGGCGGCUGAAGAGAUCCAGACCAAUACGAAAAGGGAUUUCAAGGAGGCACGAAAGAUUCUGAAGGACGAAGCAUUUGAGAAUUGGCAAGACUACACGCGACACCUCUUCAACUGGGCCUUCUCGAUAUUCGCAUCCCGCAGCUUUCGCCCGUCCCUCGUCACUCCUCGUCUUGUUCAGGAACGUGAACUGCCCAGGAAUGUCGACAUCGACGAAUUCUCUAUGCUUCUUCCAGUGUAUGACAUCAUAAACCAUGACACAAAGGCCAAUGUACAAUGGGUGGUGGACCACCAGAGUCGUGCCUCUGAGGCCUGUCGCUUCAUCACCUUGGACUCCUACAAAUCUGGCGAGCAGGUUUUCAACAACUACGGGAAGAAGACCAACAGCGAGUUGUUGCUGUCUUACGGCUUCAUGUUGCCGGAGACCGAGGAGUUGCACAACGAUUAUGUGCACCUACGGAAAAAGGAGAGUGCGCCAGCCGCGGGCGAGCAAUCCGCCCCCCUACAACGCACAGAAAUGGCACAAUCGGAGGAGUCUGAUGGCUUUUGGCCACAGAAGUCAAAGAGAAAAAGGCCGCAAGACUUCCUCGUGUCGCCGCGACCGAUGAACCACCCGAGCUCUUUCGUCGGGCAGAACCGAAACUGGGUCGCAAAGGAGGCUGGUUUCGACGUCCGUCCUGAAUUCUCUCACGUCGAGGACAACCUCGUAUGGGAUCUGUGUCUGUCCAUUGUCGGUAGUGAAGCAAAAGAAGCCUUCAUCGACAAGGUCCUCGGCACGACCGGAGAGGCGCAGCUGCCAACGUCAAAUGAUCAACGCAAGCGUGAGGAAGCUGCACUACGGAAUAUUCUAUCUGGGCCUUCAACUUUGCCCAGAGAAGUCGAGACGGUCCUAAUCAACGUCAAGGAGCUCUUGCUGGCGAAGUUGGGCAUGGAGUAUGACAAAUUCUGCGAGGCGGAUCCUGGGAUGGGAGUGGACGAGGAUGGCAAUGAGGUAGUAGUUGAGGUCGAGCCGCAGACGCGCAACCAGGAAAUUGCUCUGCAGUAUCGGAAGCAGGUGAAGAAGGUCUUGGAGAAUGCCAUCGGCGCGCUCGUCCCCAACUGGAAGGAGGAGGUUAUGGUUGAGGACUAA